AUGAAGCAACGUGGCGACCGUUUAGCAGCGGGUGGCUGCGACAUGUUGCGGCAAAUGCGCGUUGGCAAACCACCGAUUAGAUCCAACUUUUGCCACAGACUGAUUGAAGGUCGCACGAAGAACCCGAUCCUAGUGCUUUUAUGUGAGCCACGUUUGCACAACAUUCUGAUGACAAUAAGAUCAAUACCACUAAGACCAAUCAAGCCACUAACUGCUCUAACAUCAUACACCAAUGGCAACAAAUUCACCUGCCUCCUCCGACCCCGCGGUGCAGACGGGUUUCUCUGCUCUCGUGCUGGACCUACCCACUCCCCCCUACUCCCCCCUUCCUCCGUUUCUAUCAAUGAGAAGCUCACCAAUCUCGCGGCUAUUACUGGCGCUUCGCUGUCUAUUGAAGCUGAGAAAGAGCUGCGCGCGCUCUUUGCUCAGAAGCCGCAUCCCAUUGCCUAUGAUCGAUUUGAACCAUCGGGCCGUGUGACGAUCGCUGCUGGCCUGCUGCGUGUACUAAAUUCCUGGCGCCUCAUGGACGUCGGCUGCCACGUGCGUCUGCUCGUGGCAGACUCGCACGCGCUGCUAAACAACAAGUUUGGUGGAGAUUUGAAGAAGCUGCAAAGUGUGAGCACUUACAUGGUGGAGGUAUGGAAAGCACUUGGACUUGACGCUGACAAGACGCCAAACCUUGAAAUUAUACUGGCCUCUACAGAGACCGCGCGUCACGCCGAUGCAUAUUGGUCGCGGGUGCUUGAUGCCGCUGGCCGCUUCACAGUUGAACGUGUGCAGCAAUGCGCCCCUAUAAUGGGACGCAAAGAGGAUGAUGUUGUGCAGAACACGAAUCGAAUUUUGUACCCGCUGAUGCAGCUGGCUGACGGAUUUUUACUGCAGGCCGAUAUAUACCAGCAUGGAGCCGACCAGGAAUGUGGCAAUGAUCUUGUUCGCGAGUACAUUGUGCACAAGAAUAUACCUAACAAACCAGUGUUCCUUACGCACCCGCUGCUGCUUGGUCUGAAGCAGGAGCAGUUCAAGAUGUCCACAACAGACCCUGAGUCAGCUAUCUACAUGGAUGACACAGCUUCUGAGGUCAAGGCUAAGAUCAAAAAGGCUUAUUGUGUGCCUGGUGAGGUGGAAGGCAACCCCGUACUGAAUUAUAUGAAAUACGUCGUGUUUCCUUUUCAUGCAGAGGGUGUUACGCUAGAGCGUAGCGACAAAAACGGCGGCCAUUUAACCUUUGCAACCUACGGAGAGCUGGAAGCGGCGUUUUUGAGCGAGAAAGUGCAUCCAGCGGAUUUAAAACCGUGUUUGGCCAAAUACCUUAAUGCGUUACUCGAGCCCGUACGCCAGCACUUUGCUAGCGGGCCUCUAAAGACUCUGCUCUCAAGCAUCAAGAAGCUCAAGGUUUCCCCGACACCUGACAGCGACAAGCUGGUUCACCUUUCGCUGCCUGGAUUUCCAGAGACUGUUAAAGAAUGGAAGCCAUCCACGCUAUCGCUUGAAGAGCGCUAUGCAGUGGCGCGCUCAGUAGGCGAGGAAUGCAUUCAAGAGAGCGAACUUCGAGUUUUGAUGGAAAAGAAAGACCAUCCUGUGUGUUAUGAUGGCUUCGAACCUUCGGGACGCAUGCAUAUUGCUCAGGGCGUUUUGCGUACGGUCAACGUAAACAAACUUACGUCGUCCGGCAGUGUCUUUCGCUUUUGGGUGGCGGACUGGUUUGCUAUGUUGAAUAACAAGAUGGGUGGCGAUCUGGACAAAAUUCGUCUUGUGGGUCAGUACAUGGUGGAAAUUUGGAAGUCUGUGGGUAUGGACAUGACCAACGUGGAGUUUUUGUGGGCAUCGAAGGAGAUUAUUUCCCAUAGCUCGUCGUACUGGCUGCGCGUGAUGGACAUCGCUCGCCGCACCACCAUUGCCCGAACGCUGAAGUGCUGUACGAUUAUGGGCCGUAAAGAGAAGGAAGGUAUGCAGGCCGCGCAGAUUCUCUACCCGCUGAUGCAGUGUGCAGAUAUCUUCAACCUAAAGGCCGACAUCUGCCAGCUGGGUAUUGACCAACGCAAGAUCAAUAUGCUCGCGCGCGAUUAUUGUGAACAGGCGAAGAUUCGUUUUAAGCCUGUCGUGCUGAGUCAUCACAUGUUGAUGGGUUUAAAGGAGGGUCAGGAGAAGAUGUCUAAAAGUGACCCAGAGUCAGCCAUAUUCAUGGAAGAUGCUGCAGAUGACGUAAGUCGAAAGAUUGAGAAUGCAUUCUGUCCGGAGGGAGUUGUGGAGGCGAAUCCAAUCCUUGACUACAUGAAGUUUAUUAUCUGCCCGCGUUUUGCUGCACAAGGGGUGACAGUGAAGCUUAUAGAUGGCACAGAAGAAACGUUUGUAGCUUAUCAGAAGCUUGAAGACGCCUUCGUCAUGCGUCAGAUCAUGGGCGCCGAUCUCAAGAAGGCAUUGACCCAUUACCUGAACGAGAUUUUAGAACCUGUUCGUAAGCACUUUUGCAAUGGUGAGGCUCUAGAACUACUUGCUAAGGUGCGCUCUUUCCGUACUACUAGAUAA